AUGGCGACCCAGUAUUUUAUCCCUCCGUCCAAUGUGGAUUUCCAGGAGCACCUGGAGGAGCACCGGAGAGAAAUCGCCAUCAUGCUGAGGUCUUCGGAAUUCAACCAGGACAAGACAGCCCUCAUCGUCACCAACAGCCCCUUCCCCCUGCUCAUCUCUGGCCAGCACCUCACAACCCCUUUCCAGUUCUUUCCCAAGGAUUUCCCCAGGAGGCCGUUCCCACAGAGCUUCCGGGAUCAAACCCCCCGCUGCUUACCCCCAGUGGGGGUCUCACCCAAGGAACUCCCCGGGAUGGAGACCAAAAAGCUGAAAAUCCCCACGCAAUUAAGGUUCACCAACAAGAAGGAUUUCAAAGGCGAAGCCCGUUUCUCCAAAAAUUACGCCGAGAGGCGUUUACAAAGGUUGUAUCCUCAGCUCCAACUGCAUUCCAGACUAGCGCAGAAUUUAAUCUUUAGUUCCGAUGUCCGCCGUGCGCUGUUCUCGCCGGAAAAAAUUAAGCGUAAUCGGAAUUGA